AUGGGAAAAACGCACAUAUGGGAAAAACGCACAUAUGGGAAAAACGCAAAUAUGGGAAAAACGCAAAUAUGGGAAAAACGCAAAUAUGGGAAAAACGCAAAUAUGGGAAAAACGCAAAUAUGGGAAAAACGCAAAUAUGGGAAAAACGCAAAUAUGGGAAAAACGCAAAUAUGGGAAAAACGCAAAUAUGGGAAAAACGCAAAUAUGGGAAAAACGCAAAUAUGGGAAAAACGCAAAUGUGAGAGAAAUACAAAUAUGGGAAAAACGCUAAUAUGGGAGAAAUACAAAUAUGGGAAAAACGCGAAUAUGCGAAAAACGAGAAAAUGGGAAAAACGCGAAUAUGGGAAAAAUGCGAAUAUGGGAAAAACGCGAAUAUGGCAAAAACGCGAAUAUGACAAAAACGCAAAUAUGGCAAAAACGCAAAUAUGGCAGAGACGCGAAUAUGGCAAAAACGAGAAUAUGGAAAAAAAGCAAAUAUGGCAAAAAUGCAAAUAUGGCAAAAAAGGAAAUAUAUCAAAAAAGCAAAUAUGGCAAAAAAGCAAAUAUGGCAAAAAAGCAAAUAUGGCAAAAAAGCAAAUAUGGCAAAAAAGCAAAUAUGGCAAAAACGCGAAUAUGGCAAAAACGCGAAAAUGGCAAAAACGCGAAUAUGGCAAAAACGCGAAUAUGGCAAAAACGCGAAUAUGGCAAAAACGCGAAUAUGGCAAAAACGCGAAUUUGGCAAAAAUGCGAAUAUGGCAAAAACGCGAAUAUGGCAAAAACGAGAAUAUGGAAAAAAGCAAAUAUUCCAAAAUUGCAAAUAUGGCAAAAAAGGAAAUAUAUCAAAAAAGCAAAUAUGGCAAAAAAGCAAAUAUGGCAAAACAGCAAAUAUGGCAAAACAGCAAAUGUUUCAAAACAGCAAAUAUGGCAAAAACGCGAAUAUGGCAAAAACGCGAAUAUGACAAAAACGCGAAUAUGAAUAAAAUGCGAAUAUGGAAAAAAAGCAAAUAUGGAAAAAAGCAAAUAUGGUAA